AUGGAGACGGAGUCAAGACGUUCACUUCCCACUGGCGUAGGAGAUGGCAUUUGGGUGCUUGUGGUGGGUAAUAAUAAUAAUAAUGGUGAUGAUGAUGAUGAUGAUGAUGAUGAUGAUGAUGAUGAUGAUGAUGAUGAUGAUGAUGAUGGUGGUGAUGAUGAUGUACGACGAGGUGUUGGCGAGGGAGGAUGUGAUGGUGUGGCGCAGCUGGCGAUUGUCUACCGCAAGUUUUCAUGGACGCACAUGUGGCCUUAUAGACCCGUGCGGUGCAUGAAUGUGUGAGUGCAAUGUUGACAGUGGAGGCGGAUGCGGCAAGUAUAGUUUGGUGCUCCAGGCACUGGUUCGCCAGUCUCUGUUCGAUGGAUCCGCAAGGGAUCGACCAGGCCGAGAUGUGAGAUGAAGGUGCGGUCGCAAUGAGGACAAGUGUAGACCAGGUCCACACCACUAGUGUCGACAGUGGUGGUGUUGGUGUUUGUUGGUGUGUCCGGAUUGUGUGAAAUUUUGACGUGCGUGGCAGACGCCACAACGGCAGACGUGAAGACAAUGGAUGAUGAUGAUGAUGGUGGUGGUGGUGAUGAUGAUGAUGAUGAUGAUGAUGAUGAUGAUGAUGAUGAUGAUGAUGAUGAUGAUGAUGAUGAUGAUGAUGAUGAUGAUGAUGGUAGUGGUGGUGGUUCAGGAGAGCGGUCAUAG